AUGGUUCGCUUAACGUCACGCUCCUUCCUCCACGUAUUGCCGGAAUUGGUCGUUGGGAACUUCGACCAUCCGUUUUAUGCCCAAGUAACCGAGCUCAAUCGAGGCGAGGUCACGUUCCAGAGUUUAGAAGGUGGAGAAGGAACACUCCCCCGUAAUGUGGCCGCUGAACGUGUUGUCUCUACCAAGGAAGUAACUCAAUCGGGACAGCUCUCAUACCUAAGGCGGACUGUAGCUGUUCCGGAAGCGGGGCAGGUUCACUUUGGACAAGUGGUACAAGUGGACGGAGACCAGGUAGUCGUGAGGUCCGGUGGAUUGGAAUUUGUCGCCGCAAUGGGCUCUGCAUCACUUGUGGCUCGGAUAAUUGCUUUCAUAUUACAACACGUCCGAUUUAACCUGGACGAGUGA